UUUCUCUAUGCUUCUUAUAACCUCCUAUACUUCUAAGUUUUGUUUAAUUUUUAUGCAUUAUUUAUUGCGAACUACCCUAAAAAACCUAUAGGUAAACCUUAUGAAAAUCAUGUUUACUAAAAUACCAUUAACUUUGUGUAUUUUACUGUUGAGUGUGAGUUCGACAUUGUCUGUGAUGACUGUGUCGAGCAAUGACUCGUCCAGCGACAACCCGUACUGCGCGCACCCAGAGUGCUCGGCGCGCGGGCAGCACACGCUGUGCGCGUGCGCGGGGCGCACCUCGCCGCGCCUGCUGGCCGCCGGCAUGACGCCGUGGACGCGCCACACGGUGCUGCAGCUGCACAACCGCCACCGCGACAACGUGGCGCUGGGGCUGCAGGCUGGCCACCCGCCCGCCGCCAACAUGCGCAAGCUGUACUGGGACCCGGAGCUGGAGCGCGCGGCCGCGGCCUGGGCGCGCCAGUGCGCCGCGCGCCACGACGAGUGCCGCGGCACGCUGCGCUUCCCCGCGCUGCAGAACGUGGACGUGCGGCCCGUGCUGGCGCGCGCCACCGAGGCGCAGCUGCUGGCCGACGCCGUGGCCGCGUGGUACUCCGGCGCGCGCCGCCUGGCGCCCGAGAGCGUGCUGGCGUUCCGCCGCGCCGCCUGCGCCGCGCCGGGCGGCUGCAACGAGCACUGGUACACGGCGGCGGCGUGGGCGGGCUCGUGGCUGCUGGGCUGCUCGCAGGCGCUGUGCACAGCGCGCGCGCGUUCGUGCGCCCCCUACCGCCGCCGCCGGGCUCCCGAUGAGGCGCGCAACGCGACGCCCGCGCUGGCCGAGACGGACGCGGCGGCGGGCGCGGGCUGGUCGCCGCUACACCGCGGCGCGCCCGCCCCGCCCCGCCCGGAGCGCCGGCUCGUGUCCUACACGGUGUGCAACUACGGGCCGGCGGGCAACGUGGAGGGCUUCCCCGUGUACCAGGCGGGCCCGGCCUGCUCGCGCUGUCCGCAGGGCACGCGCUGCGCGGACCGCACGCACCGCGCGCUCUGCGCCGUCGACGGCGACCCCGACGCCGCACCAUGAUUACCUUCCUUCCUACGACAACGCACAGCAUCAACUGAAUAAUUUUGAAUAUUUAUUUUGAUAUUUAUAAGUACCUAUACAUGUAGUAAAGUGUAUACUUAAUAAUAAAUUGAUAAAAACUGUUGAA